UAGUUUGUCUUGACGUCAGCGGGCUGAUCUGAGGUCUGCGCUGCGCGUGUCUGGAUGAAAGUCAGUCGCGCGGUAGCGGGAUAUUUACCACACUUACCGUAGUAUAUUUCAGCUGCUUUACCUUGCGGACUAAACAUGAAAGUGUUCGUCUUUCUGCUGUUUCUCACGGCCAGGAGCUGCGCUGACAGUCUGGACGGGCCAACAGCCGGCUGCACAUUUGAGGAAGACUCGGACCCCGGGCUCUGUGAAUACAGACAGGCAGAGGAAGAUGAUUUUGAUUGGCAGCUAGUACGGACCUACAGCUUGCCGCACGUGAGCUCUGACCUCACACGGGGUUCUUACCUGUUGGUGAACUCGUCUCAGUAUGGUCCAGGGCAGCGGGCUCAGCUCAUGUUACGUCCCCUGAGUGAGAAUGAUACACACUGUGUUCAGUUCAGUUAUUUUCUGUACAGUCGGGAUGGACACAGUCCCGGCGCUCUGAGUGUGUAUGUGCGUGUGAACGGUGGAUCGCGGGGAAACGCCGUGUGGAAUGUCUCCGGCUCUCAGGGCCGACAGUGGCAGCAGGUGGAGAUUGCCGUUAGUACCUUCUGGCCCAGUGAGUACCAGAUCAUAUUUGAGGCCACAGUCUCACCUGAGCAGAAGGGUUACAUCGGUCUGGAUGAUAUAGUGCUGUUAAACUAUCCUUGCUAUAAAGUGCCUCAUUUCUCCAGGCUGGGUGAUGUGGAGGUGAAUGCAGGACAGAACGCCACAUUUCAGUGUGUGGCAACCGGACGUUCGGUGAAGUCGGACCCCUUCAUGAUGGAGAGGCGGAAUGGUGUUCUUAUGUCACCGUACUCGGUGACAUCAUCGGUAGGUGAACGUCGACUGGUUGCAUGGUUCCAGGUGGGUGGAGCUCAACGUGGAGAACAAGACCUUUACCGGUGCAUUACUCAGUCCACAUAUGGAGCCGCUGUGUCAAACUUCGCUGAACUUAUCGUCAGAGUCCCACCCACACCGAUAGCUCCGCCUCAGCUCCUACGCUCAGGCCCCACCUACUUGAUCAUCCAGCUCAACACAAACUCUAUAGUGGGUGAUGGGCCGGUGAUCCGCAGAGAGAUCGUGUACAGGGCCAGUCACUCUCCCUGGUCAGAAACGCAUGGAGUCAACUCACUGACUUAUAAAGUCUGGCACCUGGAGCCAGAUACAGAAUAUCGCAUCAGUGUCCUUCUCACUCGACCCGGAGAAGGUGGAACAGGGCCAGCCGGACCGCCGCUGGUCAGCAGAACCAAAUGUGCAGAGCCCAUGCGUCCCCUCCGAGGUUUGACGGCUACAGAGAUUCAGUCCCGUCAGCUGCUGCUUCAGUGGGAGCCGGUGGGCUACAACCUGACGCGCUGUCACACCUACUCCCUGUCACUGUGCUACCGUUACUCAACAGCCACCGGGGGCGGAGCCGGGGGCAAUAACGCCACCGUGAGGGAGUGUCUGUCGGUGGAGAGAAACACCUCCCGUUUCACGCUCAGAGAUCUGCCGCCGUUUCAUGCCGUGCACGUGAGACUGGCACUGGCCAAUCCAGAGGGCAAGAAAGAGAGCCGGGAGGUGACCUUUCAGACAGACGAAGACAUUCCAGGCGGCAUCGCCCCCGAGUCUUUAACCUUUACGCCAUUGGAUGAUAUGAUCUUUCUGAAGUGGGAGGAGCCUUUGGAGCCCAAUGGUCUGAUAACCCAGUAUGAGAUCAGCUACCAAAGCAUUGAAUCAUCUGACCCUGGCAUUAAUGUACCUGGUCCACGGCGCACUGUCUCCAAACUGAAGAAUGAGACAUAUCACAUGUUCUCAGGACUUCACCCUGGUACCACCUACCUGGUGUCUGUUCGUGCCCGCACGGCCAAGGGAUUUGGCCAGACCGCCCUAACCGAGAUCACCACCAACAUCUCAGCUCCUGCCUUUGAUUAUGAAGACAUUCCCUCUCCACUGAGUGAAUCUGAGAGCACCAUCACGGUUCUUCUGCGUCCAGCUUUAGGACGGGGAGCACCUGUGAGCACGUAUCAUGUGGUGGUGGUGGAGGAGGACGGCUCCAGGCAGGUGAGGAGAAGAGAGCUGGGUCACUUGGAGUGUUUCCCCGGACCGUCCUCUCAUGGGGAGACUUCGGGGGGAGGAGGAGCGAGUGGUUCACCGCCUCAUUACUACACAGCCGAACUCCCUCCCAGCAGCCUGCCUGAGGCCACGCCUUUCACUGUCGGCGACAACCACACCUACAACGGUUACUGGAACACACCGCUGGACCCCAGCAAAAACUAUGUCAUCUAUUUCCAGGCCUCCAGUAACUUCAGAGGGGAGACCCGGAUUAACUGCAUUCGGAUCGCUCGUAAAGUGGCCUGUAAGGACCACAAGCGUGCUCUGGAGGUAUCCCAGCAUGCCGAGGACAUGGGGUUGAUCCUGGGAGCGUGUGCCGGAGGUCUGGUCGUUCUUAUCCUACUUCUGGGAGCCAUUGUGAUUGUUGUCAAGAAGGGAAGGGACAUCUAUGCGUACCCCUAUUACCCCAGGAAGAAGGUCAACAUCAACAAAGCGGUGAUGACGUAUCGUCAGGAGAAAAGCCGGAAGCUGGGCUCACUGGACUGCAGCACAACCGAACACAGCACCCUUCAGCAGGACGACCGAACCACACACACCUUUAUAGAUUCACAUAACUGCACUGCACGGAACGAACAACGCAGCACAGUGAACGAGUCCAGCAGUCUGCUUGGUGGAUCUCCCAGAAGACACUGCAGGAGAAAAAGUUCCCCGUACCACACAGGACAGCUUCACCCGGCUGUGAGAGUGGCUGACCUGCUCCAGCACAUCAACCAGAUGAAGACAGCAGAGGGCUAUGGAUUCAAACAGGAGUAUGAGAGCUUCUUUGAUGGCUGGGACAUAAGUGAAAAAAAGGACAAGUCCAAGGGCAGACAUGACACCCUGCUGGGGCAAGAUCGUCACCGUGUCAAGAUGCAUUCCCUUCUGGCUGAUCCUAACUCAGACUACGUCAAUGCAAACUACAUUGAUAUUCGGAUAAACAGGGAAGGUUACCAGCGCUCCAACCAUUUCAUCGCCACACAAGGGCCUAAACAGGACAUGAUCUAUGACUUCUGGCGCAUGGUUUGGCAAGAGAACUGCUACAGCAUCGUCAUGAUCACCAAACUGGUGGAGGUGGGGAGAAUGAAAUGCUGUAAAUACUGGCCCGAUGACAGUGAGCUAUACGGAGACAUAAAAAUCACUUUACUGAAAACUGAAACAUUGGCAGAAUACACAGUGCGCACCUUUGCCAUGGAAAGGCGAGGUUACCCAGCCAAGCAUGAAGUCUGCCAGUUUCACUUUACAUCGUGGCCGGAGCACGGCGUCCCAUUUCACGCUACAGGACUGCUGGGCUUCCUACGACGGGUGAAAGCGUCCACACCCCCUGACGCCGGGCCGGUGGUGGUUCACUGCAGUAUGGGCGCUGGCCGCACGGGCUGUUACAUCGUACUGGACGUGAUGUUGGACAUGGCGGAGUGUGAGGGUGUGGUGGACAUUUAUAACUGUGUGAAGACGCUUUGCUCACGACGUAUAAACAUGAUCCAGACUGAGGAGCAGUAUGUGUUCAUACACGAUGCCAUACUGGAAGCCUGUCUGUGCGGAGAGACUUCAAUCCCUAUCAGCGAGUUUUCUCUCACCUAUAAGGACAUGUUGAGUGUGGACUCUCAGACCAACACCUCUCAGCUCAGAGAAGAGUUUCAGACCCUUAACUCCGUCACCCCUCACCUGGACGUGGAGGAGUGCAGCGUGUCACUGCUACCACGCAACCGAGAGAAGAACCGCAGCAUGGACGUGCUGCCGCCCGAUCGCGCCCUCGCCUUUUUGGUCUCCACCGAGGGAGACGGCAACAACUACAUAAAUGCAGCACUGAUGGACAGCUUUCUUCAUCCGGCCGCGUUUGUGGUGACCCCUCAUCCUCUACCCGCCACCACCACAGACUUCUGGAGGCUUGUGUUUGACUAUGGCUGUACCUCUAUUGUCAUGCUCAACCAACUUAACCAAUCUAACUCAGCCUGGCCUUGUCUUCAGUAUUGGCCUGAAACGGGUAUGCAGCAGUAUGGACCCAUGACUGUUGAACUGCUUUCCAGGUCCACUGAUGAGAAUGUAGUCACACGUCUAUUCAGUGUGAACAAUAUCACACGGUUGCAAGAAGGUCAUCUCGUAGUGCGACAUUUUCAGUUCCUGCGCUGGUCGGCUUAUCGCGAAAUUCCAGACUCCAAGAAGGCCUUCCUUAACCUGCUGGCACAAGUGGAAACGUGGCAGAGGGAAUGUGGAGAUGGUCGCACUGUAGUGCACUGUCUAAAUGGCGGCGGACGUAGUGGCACUUUCUGCGCUUGCACCAUGAUAAUGGAGAUGGUGCAUCAUCACGAAAUGGUGGACGUGUUCUACGCAGUGAAGACCCUUCGCAACUCCAAGCCCAACAUGGUGGAGUCUAUGGAGCAGUACCGGUUCUGCUAUGAACUAGCUCUGGAGUACCUAGAGUGUUUAGAGGUCAGAUAACACUAUAGCUCAUGACCAGGAUCAACAUCAACUUCUCUAUCUUGCCUCUAUAUGUCCUUUUGCUUGGGCCAACCUGGCCCACAUGAACGAGCCUUUCCGUCCUCCAAUGAGAAUGCACAUCUACAUCAAGAGUCGGAAUGUGAGACUACGCACAUUUCUUUUACCUUCAACCUCUUUGUGCACUUUUGUUUUCGAUGUUUCCUCCUAUAUUGUGCCAGAUAUUCCUGCCAAACCCUUUGGGGCAUCGAUGAGAUUUUACCAACUUUGAGAUCAAUAUGUACAUCUUUGAUCGUGUGACUGGGCCAAACAGCCACUUCUCUCUGCUUUACAUAGCAAGCAGGAGAAAACACGCUGUAAUCGAAACCGCGACAGCGACAAAAUGGGUGAUGUGUACGUGCAUUAUGUGUAUUGUUAUACUCUGUACAUGGUGUAGUCUGCUGUGGCAAUGCCCCUGAUUUUAGCAGAAAGGAUACCUUGAAUGUGAGGAUGCGAUUCUUGAUGGAGGUUUUCUUUACAUUAUAGGGCGGCUUCCCAGACAGGGCCCAGACUAUAAUGCAUAUUUGAUAUGCCUUAAAUUUAAAAACACUUUGUCCUGACAUAUCUUGACAUAUAUUAGUGGCAUUAGAUGCACACCAGCAUCAGUUUGUUUGUAAAAACUAUUUUAAUGUCCUAAUAUAACUAAGUCCUAAUCCUGGAUUAAUCUAAACCCUGUCCGGGAAACUGCCCCUGAAUGAUUUAAAGAUGGUGUGUAAUUUUUUCAAUGUUGAACUACUAUCAUAUCUCACCUUCAUAUGUAGAGACAACUAUAAGCAUUUUUAAAACGAGAUGCUGUUGCCCCCUAAAAACAGCAAUAUUGUAUCAAGCAAUUGCAUGCUUUAAAUGGAAAUAGCUCAAAAACAAGGGAGAUUUGAACGAAUCAUUAUUUUCACAGUUUUUAUUGUUGAAGCUAGCAGUGCAAAAAUGACAUUAUCUUUAAAUCAAGAUGUAUUAACUGGUCAGCAUUUUGGCAGAACAAAUACAAAGAUGGUUUUAGGUUUUUUUCCCUUAUUUUUUCUGUAUAUAUAAUCUAUAUUUUACAAAAAGAAAGUGUUUCUAGAUGUUGUCUUUAAUGUGCCAACUCAUUAUUUUUUGUAUGCGUGUGCGUGUGUUUGAGAAGAUGCUCGCUCAUGGAUAAGCAUGCCUGUUUCAUGUAUCAUUGCGAUCCAUUGUGACCCGGUCUGCUUUGGGUUUCUUAUGCCAGGUGCCCGCUGUCUAUGAGUACAGUAAUAAAAAAAAAAAAAUACACACAUAUAUGAAUAAAAUCAAAAGCCACUAUGGGAAUAAGGUGAAGCGGUCACCAAGAAAUUGCUUUUUAUCUUUGUAUUUAUUUGUUGUGUUUUAUUUUCUAAAAAAUGUAACAUGAAAGAAUAAAACAUUUCAAUGUUG